AUGGAUUCGUCUCGUUCGCUGACACUAGAAGCAGACUGUGCGCUCUCGCUUGGUCCCAUGUGGCAAUCACAAGACAGGCUUGAGAGAAGUCCAGACUCCGCUGCUAGACAACACUCGAACGACGGCUUACCGGCUUCUAGAAAACGGGUUCGGGAAGAUGGUGCUAGCGAGAGAGAAGUUACUUUCAGCAAAGCCACCAGGGAGAAGUUGCGACGCGAUAGAUUAAACGACAGAUUUCAGGAACUCGCGAGGGAGCUUGGUCCGUCAACAACUGUCAAGGUGGAUAAGGCGGUCCUUCUGACGGAAGCCGUCCGGUUUCUCGUUCAUUUGAGAGCUGAAGCCGCAAGCUUGUUGACGAGUAACCAGCAGCUCCAGGAUCAAAUCAAGGAGCUCAAGGUUGAGAAAUCCGAGCUGAGAGAAGAGAAAGCUCGGCUGAAAGCUGAGAGAGAGCGUCUGCGGAAAGAGCUCGAUACCCUCACGGCACCAACCAGGACAAACGGUUUUUUAGGCCAGUCGUCAGCUGUGCAUUUGCAGCCGUCGCAUACAGUGCCGCGCGCACCACACUCCGCACAUGAAACGUCCGUGAAGGUUGAAGCUGUGAGGUUGCCUCACCACAAGCACCUGCCGAUGUGGCAAUUCCUCCCAUCCGCCGUGGCUGAUGCAUCUGGAGAUCGCUUUUUGGCGCCGCCUGUGGCGUGA